AUGGAGAACUCUGCAAAGGAACUGAGCGAUUCUGGCUCAGAAACCGCGUUUAGGUCGGGGGAAUCUGCUGGGGAUCUUUCCAAGGCCGGCGAGGCAAGUCAAUCAUUGAGAACGCAAGAAAUUGCAAGUGCACAGGCAGAAAAGGCAAGAGCUAUUCGUGAAGCAUGUGCAUCGCGGGACGUGGAAGCCCUGGCUGCGCACGCAACAUCGGAAGGGGGUCUGCUCGAAGAUGAAUUGCGACAGCUGGCCUGGCCUAUUUUAUUACACUGCGAUGAAGGAUUACGACAAUCCAAUACGACUUCGAGUCCCAAAGCUCCGCGUCAUGCAGAUGAGGACCAGGUAGGGCUUGAUGUCAAUCGAUCAUUCGUCUACUAUCCUCAAGCCCCGGAAGAGGAAAUGCUGGAAAAGAAACAACAGUUAUCAAACUUGAUCACCCAAGUCCUGAGAGAUUACCCUAUGUUGUGUUAUUUCCAAGGGUACCAUGACAUCGUCCAAGUACUUCUCUUGGUACUUGGGGAGAAGAAGGCUAUACCAGCCGUGGCACACAUAUCCCUUUUCCGCAUAAGAGACUACAUGCUUCCAUCACUCUCGCCGGCCUUGAAACAUCUACAUCUUAUUCCUGCUAUCAUCGAAACCACCGACCCCGAGCUACGACGACAUCUAGGCAACAUCCAGCCAUUCUUCGCUCUUGCAGCCACGCUCACACUCUACGCCCAUGACAUUCAAGAAUACAGCAACAUCGCCCGUCUUUUCGACUUCCUUCUCGCCCGGGAACCCGUGGUUGCAAUCUAUCUCUUCGCAGCAAUGAUCCUAUCAAGGAAGAAAGAGCUCUUGGAAAUCCCAGAGGACGAGCCUGAGAUGCUUCAUUUCACACUCUCCAAGCUACCAUCUCCGCUCGAUUUGGAUGGGCAUAUUCUACGCGCGACACAGCUCUUCGAGGACCAUCCGCCAGAAUCCUUGCCACUUGGAGCAUGGAAACGCAUUCCCUCGUGCAGUGUGCUUAAGACUUCACGAGACCCACAUCAGAAAUACAGUGUAGAAGACGCAUUGCAUUUCUUCGAAGAACAAUCUCGGCAGAUUCGGAAUGAAGAGCGCAGAAAACAGGCAGUUGAUUUCUUAUGGAGCCACCGUCGCUCUGUGGGCUCUGUGGCGCUGGCUAUAUUCGUCGGUGUUGCAUCGUUCUACAUUCGCAAGAAGGGGUUGGAUAUGUCAGCUUGGUCCUAUUUUGGGCGGAUUCAAAGGGCAAUCCAGAACUGGAUAUGA